ACUUCUCUUCUGAUGUUGAUAAUGGGAGAAUUGGAACCUUCGCAGGGUAAAGUUAAACACAGUGGAAGGAUAUCCUUUUCACCUCAAGUCUCCUGGAUCAUGCCUGGAACAAUAAAAGAAAACAUAAUUUUUGGUGUAUCUUAUGAUGAAUACCGAUACAGGAGUGUCAUCAAAGCCUGCCAACUAGAAGAGGACAUUUCCAAGUUCCCAGACAGAGAUUAUACAGUGCUGGGUGAAGGUGGAAUCAUUUUGAGUGGAGGCCAGCGAGCACGAAUCUCACUAGCAAGAGCAGUGUACAAAGAUGCUGAUUUGUAUCUUCUGGAUUCUCCUUUUGGACAUUUAGACAUUUUUACAGAAAAAGAGAUAUUUGAAAGCUGUGUGUGCAAGUUGAUGGCAAAUAAAACUAGGAUCUUGGUUACUUCAAAACUGGAACAUUUAAAGAUUGCGGACAAAAUAUUAAUUUUACAUGAAGGGAGUUGUUAUUUCUAUGGAACAUUUUCUGAACUUCAGGGUCAACGACCAGACUUCAGCUCAGAGCUGAUGGGGUUUGAUUCUUUUGAUCAGUUCAGUGCAGAGAGAAGAAAUUCAAUUCUAACUGAGACUCUCCGUCGAUUUUCCAUUGAAGGAGAAGGAAUGGGAUCACGAAAUGAAAUAAAGAAGCAAUCUUUUAAACAAACAUCAGAUUUUAAUGACAAAAGGAAGAACUCCAUAAUUAUUAACCCCCUUAAUGCAAAUAGGAAGUUCUCAGUAGUGCAGAAGAAUGGGAUGCAGGUCAAUGGGAUAGAAGAUGGCCACAAUGACCCACCAGAAAGGAGGCUCUCGCUGGUACCUGACUUGGAACAGGGAGACGUAGGUCUGCUUCGGAGUAACAUGCUGAACGCUGACCAUAUGCUGCAAGCUCGGAGGAGGCAAUCUGUGUUAAACCUGAUGACGGGCACCUCUGUGAGCUAUGGACCAAACUUUUCCAAAAAGGGAAGUACAACAUUUCGGAAAAUGUCUAUGGUGCCUCAGACAAACCUGUCUUCUGACAUAGAUAUCUACACAAGGCGUCUGUCUCGAGACAGUGUCUUAGACAUAACUGAUGAAAUCAAUGAAGAGGAUUUGAAGGAAUGCUUCACUGAUGAUGCUGAAAGCAUGGGUACUGUUACCACAUGGAACACCUAUUUUAGAUACAUUACCAUCCACAAAAACUUGAUUUUUGUUCUAAUUUUGUGUGUGACUGUCUUCUUAGUUGAGGUAGCUGCUUCUGUUGCCGGGUUAUGGUUUCUUAAAAAGACAGCUUUGAAAGCAAAUGCAACACAAUCAGAAAACAGCACCUCUGACAAACCUCCUGUGAUUGUCACUGACACUAGCACCUACUACAUCAUUUAUAUCUACGUGGGAGUGGCAGAUACCCUGCUUGCCAUGGGAAUCUUCAGAGGUUUGCCCCUUGUGCACACGCUUAUAACAGUGUCUAAAACUCUUCAUCAAAAGAUGUUGCAUGCAGUUCUUCAUGCACCUAUAUCAACAUUCAACUCUUGGAAAGCAGGUGGUAUACUUAACAGAUUCUCAAAAGAUACGGCAGUACUGGAUGACUUACUUCCACUUACAGUAUUUGACUUCAUUCAGUUAAUACUGAUUGUGAUUGGCGCUAUAACAGUAGUCUCAAUAUUACAACCCUACAUCUUCCUGGCAUCAGUGCCUGUGAUAGCAGCCUUUAUUGUGUUAAGGGCAUACUUCCUCCACACUUCUCAGCAGCUGAAACAACUGGAAUCUGAAGCUCGGAGUCCUAUAUUCACCCAUCUUGUUACAAGCUUAAAAGGGCUGUGGACACUGAGAGCUUUUGGGCGGCAGCCAUAUUUUGAGACAUUAUUUCACAAAGCCCUGAACCUACACACGGCAAACUGGUUCCUCUACCUGUCAACACUGCGCUGGUUCCAGAUGAGGAUAGAAAUGAUUUUUGUUCUCUUUUUUGUUGCUGUGGCAUUCAUCUCUAUCAUAACUACAGGUGAUGGACCAGGUAGAGUUGGCAUUAUACUUACUUUAGCUAUGAACAUCAUGGGAACCUUGCAGUGGGCAGUAAACUCAAGCAUAGAUGUGGAUAGUUUGAUGCGGUCUGUCGGACGAAUAUUUAAAUUCAUUGACAUGCCAACAGAAGAGACAAAAAACAUUAAGCCACAGAAGAAUAAGCAGCUUUCAGAUGCCCUUGUAAUUGAAAACAGGCAUGCAAAGGAAGAGAAGAACUGGCCAUCCGGGGGCCAAAUGACUGUGAAGGACCUUACGGCCAAAUAUGGUGAAGGAGGAGCUGCUGUGUUAGAAAACAUUUCCUUUUCCAUAAGUCCAGGGCAGAGGUCAUCCGACGCCUUCUCCUGGGGAGAGGGAAGCUUGCUGGUGAGCGCAGGUGCUGGGGGCAGCCUGACCCAGGUGGAGCAGGGCACGAAAGAAUACCUGCCGCUGUGCCAAGG